AUGUCGCCUCUUCAGGUAUUCACAGUCGUCAGUGCAUCGCUCCUUCUCCUGGCCGUCAAAAACGGAGCUUAUGGGGAAACAAAGAUAACGACAAAGUACAGUGUUAAUCUCGGGGCUGACGGCCAAUGCCUCGAGCAUAUCAACGCUGCUCGCGUGGCAGCUGGUUUGAGCCUACUAAAGCAGGCACCAACUGGAGCUACAGAACAAAGGCUUCCUGUAAAAAGCGAUUGUGACGCAGACGACACCGACACAUAUAAAAAAUGGGUGUGGAAGCCGGUGUGCGAAGCCCUGAUUCCAAACGUAAACAGCGAACACCCUAUUGAAAGUGCUAAGGGGGAUGUGAAGUUCGAGAGCGGCACAUACGCGUUCCACCCCUUUCAUAGCGAAGGCGUCAGCUGCUCUGCUGCAGUGAAACAGUGGAAGUCCGCCUUCACUAAUUUCAGUGGAGUGCCUCCACCGAACAAGGAGGGCGAGACAGCGUACACCAACCAGUCUAACGUCUCUCUGGUAGCCAUGUACAACCCCUCACCUAAUGCUACUGCCGAUUGCCGACUCGUCACGUGCACUCAAAGUGUCACGCAAGAUAGCGAGCAACCCAAAACAACAGCAGCCUCUGCACUGAUUUGUUUAACGACGCCUGAUGCUCUUCCUAAGGACGGUACAACGGCUCCUUUCACGGAGGAACAGUGGGGGAAGAUCGUUUCCUCCAUCAGAAACUCCGCCUCUACUGCUGUGCCUAGUAUGGUCGGCCUCGCCGCAGCCAUCCUUGGCUUUGGUAUAAUGGUACUGUGA